AUGGUUAGAGGAACAGGGGAGACGCUGAAGGGAAAGAAGGCAGAGUACCAAGAACCCAUAGAAAAGGUAGCAUCUAGGACUGGACUAUGUCUCGGUGAGGAAGGUCUGCAUUUGCUGCUGUUCAGCUCUGCAGCCGAACUGGAGCUGCUGGCCUUGGAGAAGCUGAAGUACUCGCUGGCAGCCCUGGCCCUGAAGCGCGGAAGCAUGCUGCAGGAGCUCACAGCCAGGUUCUUCUCUGUCAGACGCCUGGGGUCUAAACUGGUGCCUUUAUCUAGAAAUCCAGAUGUCCUUGGAUUGUGGAAAAACCUGAUGAGGCUGGAGAUUGCCAUGUACAGGAUCUUCAGAGCCGCUUCUUUGUUUGGAGAUGUAGGCCACAGGCAGAUUUUCUUUCGAGACACUCCCACAUAUUAUGACAUUAGAGAUUCUCAACAGAUGGUAUGGAUCCUGAGGGGAAAUGUAUUAAUAACAGCACCAUCUAGCAAUAAUGUCGAGCCUGUUAUUCUUGCCCUCAUACCAUGUAGACACUCAGAGCUCAGUAAUAAGGAGAAAGGCAAUCUGGUUUACCUGGGAAUCAAGGACAAAAACUUCAGUCUUUUCUGCACAGAAACAGAGGGCAAGCCUACUUUGCAGCUAAAGGAGAAGAAGAUCAUGGACCUCUACUGGGAUCCGACACCACAAAAAUCUUUUCUCUUUUUCCACAAUAUGGAGGGCUCCACCUCUGCCUUUGAGUCCGUCUCUUACCCUGGUUGGUUCAUAGCCACUUCCUCUGAAUCAAGCCAACCCAUCUUCCUCACCCAAGAGAGGGGCUUAACUAACAGCACCAACUUCUAUUUAAAUCCUAAGAACUCACAGUCUGAACUGUAG